UGCCAGUGGAUCAGUCUGCUGGUGGAGAAGGACCAGGGACCGUGGCAGAAGACAGAAGCAAGGCAAUCAAAGCAGAGGAUGGACAGGAGGGUGAACUAACACAAAAACACCAUGGUCACAGAAGCGUGUCCUCUUCUUCUGAGGAAGCCAAGCCUGCAAGAGCAGUGGUGUUCCCAGUCAUUAUUGAAAAGCUAAUCUGGAACCAUCAGUCAUCCCAGGAAAGAGCAAGGUCUCACUUCCCUGUGACCAAUACAAGAUUUGCGCUACGGACAACCAUUUCUAAGAGGUAACGGAGACAGGCCCUUGGCAGAACAAAGGCAGUGUCAGGAUCCAUUGCUUAUUCCUCAUGGCUGCUCGGCUGGUAGCCAAAAGCCUCAAGAUGUGGUGCCUCUUCAUGCUGCUCUGCUCCCAAGGAAUUGCUUUUUCAGCAGGAUUCACAGCAGCCUCCAUUCCGAGUGCUGACACAAGCCGCUGUAAGAAGAGUCGCGACCCCGAAUGUUUCAUGAAUGUUAGUGAAAUUAUCCGAUACCAUGGAUACCCCAGCGAGGAAUAUGAAGUUACAACAGAGGAUGGAUACAUUCUUGUUGUUUACAGAAUUCCCACUGGGAGGAAUGACCAAAAUACAGGGCAAAGGCCUGCCGUGUUCCUACAGCAUGCUUUUCUAGGAGAUGCUACUCACUGGAUUUCCAACCUGCCCAACAACAGCUUGGGCUUCCUCCUCGCAGAUGCUGGCUAUGAUGUCUGGUUGGGAAACAGCCGAGGGAACACUUGGUCUUUAAAACACAAGACGCUUAAGCCCUGCCAGAAAGAGUUCUGGCAGUUCAGCUUCGAUGAAAUGGGUAAAUACGAUAUUCCAGCAGAGCUGUACUUCAUCAUGAAUAAAACCGGACAGAAGGAUGUUUACUAUAUUGGUCACUCCGAAGGGUCAGCUUCAGGCUUCAUAGCAUUUUCUACAUACCCUGAGCUGGCUAAACGGGUGAAAGUGUUCUUUGCUGUGGGCCCAGUAACUGUAUGCUCACAUGCUACAAGUCCUCUGAUUAAGUUAACAAAUUUUCCUGAACCACUGCUCAGGUUAGUACUUGGCUGCAAAGGAGUCGCGCACCAGAUUGAAUUUCUGAAAGGACCCGUGACACAGCUCUGUACAAGCCUGGAUAAGUUUUGUGCCCAUGUUCUGUGUUACAUAGCUGGAGGCAGCAUCAAAAAUAUCAACACGAGUCGAAUAGAUGUGUACGUAGGACAUUCCCCUGCUGGAACAUCAGUACAGAACAUUAUUCAUUGGCAACAGGUAGCACAUACAGACAAGUUUCAAGCUUAUGACUAUGGCUCUAAGGAAAACAUGAAGAAAUACAACCAGACUGCUCCUCCUGUGUACAAGAUAGAGGAGAUAAGGACACCAACUGCUGUUUGGAGUGGUGGAGAGGACAAAUUUGCAGACCCAAAAGACAUGGCAAGGCUACUUCCUCGGAUCACUAAUCUCAUUUACCAUGAGCAUUUUCCUGCAUGGGGACAUCUUGAUUUCAUCUGGGGCCUUGAUGCAACUGAGAAAAUGUAUCUGAAAAUCAUUGAACUAAUGAAAAAAUAUUUUUGAAACCAUGAGCAGAGUGUUGAUUGUAAAAACCUCCAAAAUUUCUCUUUGGCAAUAAGGGUGAUAUCUGGGGAAGAGCUAAACACACGGACACACAUAAUGGAUACCUGUAUAGGUAUUUAUUUAUUCUUAUUUAUUUCUUGCUUUCCUCAUAAUUUGAGGUUUUCCAUGGUGUUAUUGUGACUGCUAUCUUCCUGGGAAGUUUGAGGUAUAUAAGAAUGAAAGCUGAAAAUAUUUAUAUAUUUGAGUACAUACUGCAGGGAUCACUGAAUUUCAACAGUUUUUAUUUCUACGAGACUAAUUUUUCUAAGCCUGAAUUCUGUUGUUCUCAUAUAUAUCUUAUGUACCCAUUCUCAUGCCCAGUUUUUGUCUUCCUAUGGAGACCCAAAAGUGUGAUUCGAUCAUUUCUCUGUUGAAAUGAACACUUUUGUUUAAAUUAAAUUAUUGAUCCCCUUGA